AGAGAGAGAGAGAGUGAAGGAGAUGGCUGAAUCCGCUGUUUCACAGGUGGCAACCAGGCUUGCCGGGCUCUUGUCACAAGAAUUCUGGUUGUUGUAUGGAGUGCGUGAUGAGGUGGAGUGGAUGGAAAGAGAGCUCCGUAGGAUUAAAUGCUUUCUCAAGGAUGCUGAUGCAAAAGGAAAGAGAGAUGAAAGGGUGAAGAACUGGGUGAAUGAAGUAAUACAAGUUGCUUACCUAUCUGAAGACGCCAUUGAUACUUUCCUCAUUAAGGUUGAUCAUGAUCAGUCCCAUGGUUGGCUGAGUCUCAUCAAAUACUGGUUUAACCCAAGCGCGUUGGUAGCAAGGCAUAAUGUUGGUGUGGAGAUUGGUAAGAUAAAAGGAAGGCUUAAUGAGAUCAAGGAUGCCAGAGAGAGGUAUGGGAUUCAAAACUUGGGUGAAGAUGGAGAUGCUUCCAACUUAGUAUCCAUAAUAAGGAGACCCCAUUUCUCACCUCAAUAUUCUGAUGAUGCUGAUGUAGUCGGGCUCUUUAAUGAUCAGAAGAUCCUACUGAGACGACUGAUUGAUCAACAACAACAAAGGCUUUGUGUCAUUAGCAUAGUUGGCAUUGGUGGUCUUGGCAAAACCACCCUUGCACGGAAACUCUACUGUGACAAUGCUGUUAGCAAUCAUUUCCACAAGCGCAUUUGGGUAACAGUCUCUCAAGAAAAUAGUUUAAUAGGGCUUCUCAGAAAGAUGCUUGAAGAAUUUCGGAAGAUUGAAAAGGAGAAGUUGGAGAAAAUGACAGAAAAUGAUUUGAUAGACAUGCUUAAUAACUCACUAAGAACAGAAAGGUUUCUUAUUGUAUUAGAUGAUAUUUGGCUAGAGGAUGUAUGGAAUCAGAUGCAAAGAAGUUUUCCGGAUGUGAACAAUGGAAGUAGGGUCUUGAUCACCACUCGGUUUCUUAAUGUUGCAAAGGGAGCAGAUCCAAGAAGCACUCCGUACCAACUUCCGCUUUUGAAUGAUGAUGAGAGUAUGAAGCUUCUUCUCAAGAAGGCUUUUCCUUAUGAAGAUGUUGAGGCAAAUUUCACCAAUGAAUUGCUUGAUAUCGGCCUUCGUCUCAUGCACAAAUGCGGUGGCCUACCUCUGGCUUUAGUUGUUCUUGGAGGUCUCCUAUCUAUUAAAGACAAAACACCUGUUGUGUGGCGAAGAGUGUUGGAGACGAUGGAUUGGGCGGCAGAAGGAAGACAAUGCCAAGAAAUACUUGCUUUGAGCUACAAAGAUCUUCCAUAUAAUAUGAAAUCAUGUUUUCUUUAUUUGGGUGCUUACCCGGAGGAUUAUGACAUCUCUGGCAAGAUGUUAAUCAGGCAAUGGAUUGCGGAAGGCUUCAUACCACAGGAAGAAAAGAAGACCAUGGAGGAUACGGGGGAUGCUAUUUUAGAGGAGUUGAUUCAGAGGAGCUUGAUUCAUGUAAAAACCAGGAAAAACAAUGGCAGUGUAAAGAAAUGUGGCGUCCAUGAUCUACUUCUAGAUUUUGCAAGAUCUGCAGCUAAGAAAGACAUCUUCCUCACAGUUUGCUCCAAUGAAAAUGAUCAACCAACUUAUUUGGCGUCGUCUCGCCGUGUGUCUUUCCACAACGUCAAGAGCACCAAGAUCGAUGAAAUCCUCUCUACAAUGCAUAGACUCAGGACUUUGAUGACAUUUGGUCAAUCUCGUAUUCCAAUUGGUUCUUCAAUAUUUAGAUUUGAGCUUCUAAGGGUGCUUGAUUUGACUGAUUUCAUUGAUGUACAAAUACCAAAAGAGAUCAAGCUCAUGAUCCAUUUACGUUAUUUAAGACUGGGGCAUGCUGAUCGGCGCCUACGGUCACGGUACUGGCCCAAACACUUACACCUACCAUCGUCGGUAGGAAACUUUCAAUCCUUAGAAACUGUUCUUCUAAGCGAAGUAAGAGAGAUACCAAUCACACUAUGGAAGAUAAAGACACUAAGACAUGUACAAUUCUGGCAGUGCAAACCACCACAAAGUGUUGAGCUAAAAAAUCUCCUCACACUUGAGUUUGUAGAAUUUGGAUCCUAUAAAACAAUAAACUGGAGGUUUCCCAAACUUAGGAAGUUGAAAGUGGAGAUUAAUGAAAAACACCAUGGAACAAUGCUAACCCAUCUACUAUGUGAACUAGACCAUCUUAUCAGCUUGUUUAUAAAGGCCACACAAGGCUGCCAUAUAGAGAUCAACACCAAGGACUUUCCAUUUCACAAGCACCUCCUCUCAUUGACGUUAUUUGGAUUUUGGCCAAAUGGGGACACCAUAUCUGAAUUCCCAACUUGUCUCACCAAGCUUGAACUCUGUGAUUCUGGAUUGGAGGAAGACCCAAUGCCCAAAUUGGAGAGGUUAAAGUACCUUGUCACUCUCAAACUCCAUAGAAAUGUGUAUCUCGGGAGAAAAAUGGUAUGCUCUACUGGUGGAUUCCCUAGUUUGAAAAAUCUGUUCAUUAACGAAUUGGUUUCUAAAAAAAAAAAGCACUUCGAUUAUACUGUUCUAUCGGACCCGGAUACUAUGUUUAAGGAUUACGCAUUGCCCAAUCUUGAGGAGUGGAGGGUAGAGAGAGGUGCAAUGCCCAAGCUUGCCAUGUAAGAUGCUAAAAGUGUUUCCAGAUUUUCAACAUGUGAUGAGCCUUCAGGAAUUGGAGUUGUGUGUCACGGACGAUCUCAUAGUCAGAUUACAUAAAGAAACAGGGGAGGAUUGGUACAAGAUUUAGCAUGUGCCAAAAGUCUCCUUCAUAAAGUGACUUUGACAGUUAGUUGUCCUUGGUGUUGUUUAUUCUCUCGUACCUUCGUUAUCUAUGUUAGUGUGCAUUUGUUUUUUA